AGCCCGGGUUGAAUGUGUGCCGGGUGUCAUGGCGGCUUGCAGACGCUGCUGCUCGUGCCUCCGGCUCCGGCCGCGGAGCGAUGGCCCCUUCCGUCUGCCAGGGGGGAAUCGGGUACUCAACCAGUUGCAAGUGCGAGCACUGUGGGGCAGCGCAGGGCCUCGAGCUGUGGCUGUAGACUUAGGCACCAGGAAAUUGGAAAUAUCCUCUGGAAAGCUGGCCAGAUUUGCAGAUGGCUCUGCUGUAGUACAGGUGACACUGCAGUAAUGGUCACAACGGUCAGUAAAACAAAACCUUCACCUUCCCAGUUUAUGCCUUUGGUGGUUGACUACAGACAAAAGGCUGCUGCAGCAGGUAGAAUUCCCACCAACUAUCUGAGAAGAGAGAUUGGUACUUCUGAUAAAGAAAUUCUUACAAGUCGAAUAAUAGAUCGUUCGAUUAGACCUCUCUUUCCAGCUGGCUACUUCUAUGAUACACAGGUUCUGUGUAAUCUGUUAGCAGUAGAUGGUAUUAAUGAGCCUGAUGUCCUAGCAAUUAAUGGCGCUUCUGUAGCCCUCUCAUUAUCAGAUAUUCCUUGGAAUGGACCUGUUGGGGCAGUACGAAUAGGAAUGAUUGAUGGAGAAUGUGUUGUUAACCCAACAAGAAAAGAAAUGUCUUCUAGUACUUUAAAUUUAGUGGUUGCUGGAGCACCUAAAAGUCAGAUUGUGAUGUUGGAAGCCUCUGCAGAGAACAUUUUACAGCAGGACUUUUGCCAUGCUAUCAAAAUUGGAGUGAAAUAUACCCAACAAAUAAUUCAGGGCAUCCAGCAGUUGGUAAAAGAAAUUGGUGUUACCAAGAGGACACCUCAGAAGCUAUUUACCCCUUCACCAGAGAUUGUGAAACAUGCUCAUAAACUCGCUAUGGAGAAACUCUAUGCAGUUUUUACAAAUUAUGAACAUGAUAAGAUUUCCAGAGAUGAAGCUGUUAACAAAAUAAGAUUAGAUACAGAGGAACAACUAAAAGAAACAUUUCCAGAGGCCGAUCCAUUUGAAAUAAUAGAAUCCUUCAAUGUUGUUGCAAAGGAGGUUUUUAGAAGUAUUAUUUUGAAUGAAUACAAAAGGUGCGAUGGUCGGGAUUUGACUUCACUUAGGAAUAUAAGUUGUGAGGUAGAUAUGUUUAAAACCCUUCAUGGAUCAGCACUAUUUCAAAGAGGACAAACACAGGUGCUUUGUACUGUUACAUUUGAUUCAUUAGAAUCCAAUAUUAAGUCGGAUCAAGUUAUAACAGCUAUAAAUGGGAUAAAAGAUAAAAAUUUCAUGCUGCAUUAUGAGUUUCCUCCUUAUGCAACUAAUGAAAUUGGCAAAGUCACCGGUUUAAAUAGAAGAGAACUUGGGCAUGGUGCUCUUGCUGAGAAAGCUUUGUAUCCUGUUAUUCCCAAAGAUUUUCCUUUCACCAUAAGAGUUACAUCUGAAGUCCUAGAGUCAAAUGGGUCAUCUUCUAUGGCAUCUGCAUGUGGUGGAAGUUUAGCAUUAAUGGAUUCAGGGGUUCCAAUUUCAUCUGCUGUCGCAGGCGUAGCAAUAGGAUUGGUCACCAAAACCGAUCCUGAGAAGGGUGAAAUAGAUGAUUAUCGUCUGCUGACAGAUAUUCUGGGAAUUGAAGAUUACAAUGGUGACAUGGACUUCAAAAUGGCUGGCACUAAUAAAGGAAUAACUGCAUUACAGGCUGAUAUUAAAUUACCUGGAAUACCAGUAAAAAUUGCAAUGGAGGCUAUUCAACAAGCUUCAGUGGCAAAAAAGGAGAUAUUACAGAUCAUGAACAAAACUAUUUCAAAACCUCGAGCAUCUAGAAAAGAAAAUGGACCUAUUGUAGAAACUGUUCAGGUUCCAUUGUCAAAACGAGCCAAAUUUGUUGGACCAGGUGGAUAUAACUUAAAAAAACUUCAGGCUGAAGCAGGUGUAACUGUUAGUCAGGUGGAUGAAGAAACGUUUUCUGUAUUUGCACCAACACCUAGUGCUAUGCAUGAGGCAAGAGACUUCAUUACUGAAAUCUGCAAGGAUGAUCAGGAGCAGCAGUUAGAAUUUGGAGCAGUUUAUACUGCCACAAUAACUGAAAUCAGAGAUACUGGUGUCAUGGUAAAAUUAUAUCCAAAUAUGACUGCAGUACUGCUUCAUAACACACAACUUGAUCAACGAAAGAUUAAACAUCCUACUGCCCUAGGAUUAGAAGUUGGCCAAGAAAUUCAGGUGAAAUACUUUGGACGUGACCCAGCCGAUGGAAGAAUGAGGCUUUCUCGUAAAGUGCUUCAGUCUCCAGCUACAACUGUUGUCAGAACUUUGAAUGACAGAAGUAGUAUUGUAAUGGGAGAACCUAUUUCACAGUCAUCAUCUAAUUCUUCUCAGUGAUUUUUUUUUUUAAGAGAAUUCUAGAAUUCUAUUUUGUCUAGGGUAAUGUGCUGUAGAACAAAGUUUUAGUAUUAUCUACCAUUGUGUAGAUUUAUAUAUAAAUAUAUUCCAAUUAUUUGUAUUAAAAUGCUCAUUUACAUGUGCCAUUUUUUUAAUUCAAGAGUAACCCAUAUUCGUUUAAUCUUAUUUACAUUAUAAAUCAAGAAAUAUUUAUUAUUAAAAGUACAUCUUAGAAAAGAUGACAUACUUUUGUUUCUAUAAUUCUGAAAUAUAUAAAAAACUUAGAUAUGUCAUAUAUGUUAUAACAAAUCUCUUCCCACAUCUUAUUUUUCUUUAUAUACAGUAGUGAUAAUUUACCCUCAGUCAUCCUACGGCUCACCUCUUUGCCCAACACUUUUACUUGCCUACAACUGUUCACAAGCUGGAACAGGCCAUAUUCAAAGCCAGUGCCUAUUUCUUCAGAACAGUUACUAGAUACAGUGAGUUGAGGGAGCUAAUCUGAUACACUUUUAAUAAUAUGAUGCCUUUCAAAUUGGUCACAAAAUCAUAAACAUAGUGGAAUAAAUAUAAAUGAGAUUCUAACUAGGAUGAGGUAGUAAUGAUGUAUGUUUUUCAAAUUUACCUAAACAUAGAAAAAUUAUUUACUUGUCAAAUUGAACUAGGUCAGUUUUUGAAUACGUAUAUUGCUCUCUUGUAUGGAAGAAGUUCUUAGUAUAAGAGCUGGAGGAAUCAUCACUUUCAGCUAAUACAUGUUUGAAUUCGAUGUUUAGAAGUUACUGAUAUACAUGUCAAGUUGUUCAUUCCCAUCAUUUAAAAUACCACCUUAUAAUUCCAUACAAAAGUAAAUGGUAUGUGGACAUCAUAAUUUAGAAGGUGUAAUCCUUUUUAAAAUCUUAUAAAAAUACACCAAACUCAGUGGUACGUGCCUAUAGCCCCAGCUACUUGGGAGGCUGAGGUGGGAAGAUCACUUGAGCUCAGAGGUUCAACACUGUAGUGUGCAAUGAUCAUGCCUGUGAAUAGCUACGGUACUCCAGCCUGGGCAACACAGCAGGAUUCUAUCUCUGAAAAAAAAUUUAAAUCUCAUAAAAAUAUAGGUAAAUCUGGCCAGGCAUGGUGGCUCACACCUGUAAUCCCAACACUUUGGGAGUCCAAGGCAGUUGGAUCACCUGAGGUCAGGAGUUCAAGACCAGCCUGGCCAACAUGACAAAAUCCCAUCUCUACUAAAAAUACAAAAAUUAGUGGGGCAUGGUGGUGGGUGCCUGUAAUUCCAGCUACUUGGGAGGCUGAGGCAGGAGAAUCUCUUGAACCUGGGAGGCGGAAGUUGCAGUGAGCUAAGAUCAUACCACUGCACUCCAGCCUGGGCAACAAGAGUGAAACUCGAUGUCUCAAAAAAGAAAAGGGGGGCGGGACCAGGCCUGGUGGCUCAUGCUUGUAAUCCCAGCUCGUUGGGAGGCCAAGGCAGGUGGAUUACCUGAGGUCAGGAGUUCAAGACUAGCCUGACCAACAUGGUGAAACACCGUCUCUACUAAAAAUACAAAAAUUAGCCAGGCAUGGUGGUGGGCGCCUGUAAUCCCAGCUACUCAGGAGAAUCUAUUGAACCUGGGAGGUGGAGGUUGCAGUAAGCUGAGAUUGCGCCAUUGCACUCCAGCCUGGGCGACAGAGCAAGACUUGGUCUCCAAAAAAAAAAAAUAGGUAAAUUCAUGACUCAGGGCUAACUAGUUCAUAAAAUAUUAAAAAUUUAGCUGGCUAAACCAAAGAUUUUUAAGAUAUGUAUAUUUGUGUCAAUAAACAUUGAUUAUAUACCUUGUGUGUAAAACAGCAUGUUAGGCAAUGUUGAUAUGCUUUCUGAAAUAUUAAAGAUUAAUUGAAAGAUUAAAUUUAAA